UUUUCUGGCGGGCUGCUCCAACAGAGGUUUUCACGGAAUCAACUGAGCUGGAUUUUCCCGGCAACUUCGCGGUUCUCGAUGUUCAGGACGACUGUAUGCUUAUAUCUGACAGGCGCUCCAUGAAAGGGACCGAACCCGAUGGAGAGGAGCAACCAGACAAAGACCGACCUAUUGAAGCUGGAGGAAAUCAAGUGAUCACAAAAGAUAUUGUUGAACAGUUCCUUCGGUGGGAAGGAAUUAUUCACCUACAGAUGAUGGAAGAGAGCGAGUGGAUGCGAACGGACUGCGACUGCAUCAAUUCUAAAUUUUUAGUCAAUACUCUGGAAGGAUCCGAGCGCACUUUAGGGUGCUACUUGAACACUGAAAUAACUGUCACGGAGCCGAGCAUGAAAACGAUUACGAAGGAAGAGCUGGGACUAAUAGAAGCACGGGUAGACUUUAUUGUAACUACCCAAGAUCACGUGACCGCUCUAACCAUGAAGAUUGCAUUAGAAGCUGAUGUAGCGGGAGACCCAUCAGUCGAAUUUUUUCCUCCUUGCCUUGUUUUGGAGGCAAAUAGUGGUUGUCUACUUCUCUCAUACGGGACCUCAAAGGAAGGGAAGCAAAAGUGCUUGUUGUGGGGAUUAGCGGGCGAAAAAGUGAACACGUCUACUAAGUGCUACAAAAAGAUGGAGUCGGUGUGCGCCGAUAAUAUAUACGACAUGACGGAAAAAGACAGCCGAUGCGAGCGCUAUGAAAAAGAAAAAGAAGAAGAAAUUGUGCCGACAAAAUAAAAUUUUCGUUGGACUGAUUGGCCUGUUUUUCGCCCCUGACCACACUUGUUGGGAGUUUUGGCC